AAAAAACAAGAUUCGUGUUAUUUCCGGACGCUUCGUUGCUUGUCACAUCAGCUCGAUACAGCGUCCAACAGGAAGAGGUUAGUAGACCAAAAACAGAGAAGCUGCCUCUGACAGUUAAAACACAAGCAAUUGAAGUCAGUGGCCAUGGAUGACGACUAUUACGUGGUUUUAGGGGUGCAGAGAAAUUCAUCUCCAGAUGACAUCAAAAAAGCUUACAGGAAACUAGCUCUCAAGUGGCAUCCAGAUAAGAAUCCAGAUAACAAGGAAGAGGCAGAAAAGAAGUUUAAGCAGCUUUCAGAAGCUUAUGAAGUCCUGUCAGAUGCAAACAAAAGGAACUUAUAUGAUCGAUAUGGAAAAGAAGGCUUAACUCCAGGUGGAGGAGGAGGAAGAGGACACUUUAAUAAUGACCACUUUGGAGGAUUCACAUUCCGCAAUCCAGAGGAUGUCUUCAGGGAAUUCUUUGGUGGACAAGAUCCAUUUGCAGACUUCUUUGGUGGAGAUCCAUUUAAUGAUGACUUCUUUGGUGGCGGUCGGCGGCACCACCACCACCACCGGGGCAUGAGCAGGAGCCGGACAGGAGGGUCCUUCUAUGGGGGCUUUGGGGGAUUCCCACCUUUUGGGGCAGGAUUUUCAUCUUUUGAUGCAGGUUUCUCUCCCUUUGGGCAUAUGGGAGGAGGUGGAUUAACUUCUUUCUCUUCAACUUCAUUUGGUGGAGGGGGAGGUGGCGGAGGCAUGGGCAGCUUCCGCUCUGUGUCAACCUCCACUAAAUUCAUCAAUGGCAGGAAAAUCACUACAAAAAGAAUCAUUGAGAAUGGACAGGAACGUGUAGAAGUGGAAGAAGAUGGACAGUUAAAAUCUGUAACCAUAAAUGGAAAAGCCCAGGAGAUAGGCAUGCUGGAGGGUCACAGACAGAGGAAGGAGCUCCCUGACUCCUCUUCCUCCUCCUCACAUUCUGCAAGGCAGUCAGCUCAGAGAGAGGAGCAAAAUAAAACUACAGGCAAAGAGCAAACUGGAGUGAAGAGGAAGGGAAUGACGGUGAAGGGAGAGACCAAAAAGGCCAAAGAGUCCUAAAUUUGUCUCUGCAUCUCAACUCAUAGUACUGAUAGUCUGACAUACUGUAGCUGUGGAUAUUCUGUGUUGAGGUUGGAAAAACUCGCCAGCAAUUUAGUUUUUUAAUUUUUUGGAUGCAAAAGUAACAUUUAUUAUUUUAAUUUUUUUAUUCCGAUACUAAUCGAUAACAAAUAGUAAAUCAUCUGUUCUGAAGAACUGUGACUGAUAAAUAAAUAAAAAACUGAAAAUGAAUAGCUUUAAUGAAAAUCUGUGCAAGCAAGCAUUUCUCAUUCGCAUGAUCCACACAGUUUAAUGAAUAAACACAACACAACCAAUGUACAUGGAUAUUUCAGUAAUAAAACCGGACUUGCCUUUG